AUGUUGGACGAUCUUAUGGAGCUCAGCGUGAGCUCCGACUGCCCCAGCAACAACACGGCAGGCGACGUGCGCGGGGCCUCCGUGACGCACCGUAUCUUUGACCCGCUCCGCUGGGACGGGGCCUCCGCCGCGGCUCACGUGGCUCGUGUGAACCUCCCAGACGCCUUUGCCCGCCGCCGCCAACGCGCCGUUGGUGUCGCACUCGUCUGUCCGUGUUGCAGGGCUCUCUGGCUCUCUCGCGAAGGGUGGCUGACGGCAGCGAGCGCAUUGCGCCCCUAUUGCUUCACGGGGCAUACCUCUCCUAUGAGAAAGACGUGCGGCGGUGCCAAGUGGCGAUAUUGUUGCUCCUGGAAGCCCCAGCGAAGGAGACGCUGCUCUCGCCGUGCAUCUGCCAGUUCUUGCGGCAGGAGCUGCGGCUCAUGA